UUUAGAUUUUGACCAAAAUGGGAAGAUUGAAGUUGACUCCUGAACAGGCAUUCACCGACGAGGAGAGACAUUUUCUUGCUGCAGUAAUACAAGUAUACCCGUGCAUCUGGAACGAAUGUGAUCCCAACUACCGUGAUUAUCAAGCACGAGUACAAGCUUGGAGUGUUAUCAUUGAACAAUUUGCAAAAACAUUUGGACGUGAAGUCACUCAGCAACAAAUGCAUAAACAAUAUAAAAAUCUGCGAGAUGUCUACAUGAAAAAGAACCGGGAACUAAAGGCACUAUCGAACGCCGGCGAAGAUCUGAACGGUUGCAUAGCUUCUAAAAUCUACAGCUGGCCUUUUUAUCGUGAGCUAGAAUAUCUUAGCUCAUCUGCGGGAUCUAGUGAAUUGUCAAUAUCGGCUUUACUGGUUGAAGAUGAGCAGUUAUUCGACGCCGAAUCACCGCAGGGGCAAGUCGAUGACAAAAGUCAGAUUGAAAAAGUGGCUGAAGACAACUUUAUUCCAUCCACCCCCGGUUCCGAAGUCGGCACAUCAGCGCCGUCGACACGCAGUCGACGCAUGCGUAAAAGACGCGCCGCGAAGGAGUGCGAGAAUUCUUCCUCGGAAACGGAACUCCAGGUGCUUGAAGAAGUCCGCAACAUUCUGAAGGAGUCUGCGCCACAACUGAAGCUCGAGCCCGAAGCGGAUCCGUUUAUCGCUAUCGGUUCACAUCUGGCCGACCGACUGCGGAAGCUCAACUCCUUGGAUCCGCUGCGAUGUGAAGAAAUUCGUCUGAAGAUUGAUUUGCUGCAUGUAGACAUAUCAAGAGCCAUACUUGAGAUUCAAAAGAAACGACCAAACUUGAAAGAAUGAGUGAUUCUAGGCAAAAUUUGCAAUAUUUCACUUACUCUUAUUUUUAUUCGGGGUAUGUGCAUAAAAUGGUAGAGCUACAGUAGCGCUCAUAAUUGGUCGGAAAAGUCAACGAACUUUAGCGGAGUUCACCGAAAUGCGCGUCGCAUCGCCAUAUCUGUAUUCAGAGCCAUGAAUUAAG